AGAGCUCCUGGGUGGAGGAGCAAAGUUCUAGGGCUGAGCGUUCCUUUCUCAGCGCCUGGCGGUGCAGGCGCUCGUGGAUACCUGCCCUGCCUGGCGCCGCGUCUGAAGAUUCGCCUCGGCGGAACAGUUGAGUCUCCAUCUGGUUACCAACCCACCCGAGCUUUCUUCUCCUCCAUCACCACCUUCCUGCCUCCCCCUCCUCCCCCUCCUUUCCGUCUUCCCUCUCCACCCCCGCCCCCAAUCUCCUCCUCUUUUUCUCACUACAAGCGGUGGCGGAUGCUGAAGCCGAGCGUCACUUCGGCUCCCACGGCAGACAUGGCGACAUUGACAGUGGUCCAGCCGCUUACUCUGGACAGAGAUGUUGCAAGAGCAAUCGAACUACUGGAAAAGCUACAAGAAUCAGGAGAAGUACCCGUGCACAAGCUACAGUCUCUCAAAAAGGUGCUUCAGAGUGAGUUUUGUACAGCAAUCCGAGAGGUGUAUCAAUACAUGCAUGAAACGAUUACUGUUAAUGGCUGUCCCGAAUUCCGUGCGAGGGCCACGGCAAAGGCAACAGUCGCAGCUUUUGCAGCCAGCGAAGGUCACUCCCACCCUCGGGUAGUCGAACUGCCAAAGACCGAUGAAGGCCUGGGUUUUAACGUGAUGGGAGGAAAGGAACAAAAUUCCCCAAUUUAUAUCUCCCGCAUCAUCCCCGGAGGGGUAGCUGAGAGACACGGAGGCCUCAAAAGAGGAGACCAGCUGCUGUCAGUGAAUGGAGUGAGUGUGGAAGGGGAGCAUCACGAGAAAGCCGUGGAGCUUCUCAAGGCUGCCAAGGACAGCGUGAAGCUAGUGGUCAGAUACACCCCGAAAGUCCUGGAGGAGAUGGAGGCCCGUUUUGAAAAGCUUCGGACAGCUCGACGUCGGCAGCAGCAGCAAUUGCUCAUUCAGCAGCAGCAACAGCAGCAGCAACAGCAACCACAGCAAAACCACAUGUCAUAGGCCCUGAAGAAAAGCUACCGGGUCAAUCAUCAGACAGUCAUAAAUUUGGAAGCGUGCUCCAGAAUCCCAGCACAUAGAAAAAGGGAAAGGCAACACCAAUAACCGCACCCAUCACAAAGCUGUGAACACCUGGUGUAUCCAUUCUUUACCAAGGCAAUUCAACAUCUUCCUCCUCUGGGCACCAGCCCCCUGUUCAUUGCUUUUUACCUACUCAGACCUUCCAUUUAUGGCAGUGGAAACUCUCGGGGUGUUGAGGGAGAGAACUUUCCAGUCUGCAGACUGAAGUGGUGUAAGAAUAAAGUCUGUGACUUUUGAACAAAUCACCAGGGCUAGGAUGAUGUGAAUCUUUAGUCUAAGGCUCUUCCAGAGAUCAGUAAACCCUUCAUUAGGCUAUAGUUCAAACUGCAUCAGUUCAAGGUUGUGGCCACUUGAAAGGAACCUGCACAUUGUCCCUUGCCCUCACCUGUUCCAUAGUCUGUAUUGCUGAGCUGUCAGGAUUGGAAUUGGAUUUAGUUACAAAUUCAACCUCUGUUCUCCUCUUGAAAAUGGCAAGUUCUUAUCCUACAUAAUCUCUGCAGAACCUAGAAACAAUUGGUUCUUUAUUUUCUGUUUUUAUCAAUUUCUGGCUGUAUUAGCAGAGUAGAAUAUUUAAUCUGAACUUUUAAUUUUUAGGAGCAAGGAAGGGUUGUAACUCAAUGUUGUUCCUUUUAAAAAUUUAAGCAUUGCCUAUAUCUAUUAUUUAUUUCAACAGAAUAUAUUGUACAUUUAUUCCACAAAAUGCAUAAGAUCAGAGUACAUUUCUAUAUUUACCAAAGGUUACUAUCCUGGUAAGAUAUUAUCUCCACUUUAUGAACUCAUCCUCACUUAAUAUAUAACCUGCCCUCCAUAUUUUCUUGUGAAAUUUUAUUUAUUUAUUUUUUUUUUUUGGUAAACUUUGGAGAAGUCUAAACCCAUCCUGCACACACUUAUGUGCUUUCAUGGAUAUCUAAUUGAUAUUUUAAAUCUUGGAUAUUUAUAAAACUGAAUUAUAAAAGGUGCACAUAGAUAUAUAUCCAAGGGGAUAUAUCACACAAAGUUUCCCUAAAUGCAAACUGCAUAUUUUUGACAGUCUAAUCUCAAAGGUAUUGGCCCUCUUACAUUGAGGUAUGUGGAACUCAGCAAUACCAGUAUUGUGAAUGACAGACAUUGCUUCCUCCAAAGGCAAAUGUGUUUCAUUUUGCAUAUUUCCAUGUGUAAAUAUGCAAUCAGAUUUUCCAGCUUUCACAAAGCGCUGUUAGUGCUUCCUGUACACACAACACUUUUUAAUUUAGGGUAAAUCUGGGCUCCUAAUCUGGUUUUCCAUAAUGUCACAGAAAGGAAGGAAGCUGUAACUAUCUGGGACAUUUAAACACCUUAAGCACAAAAAUGUACACUCGCGUGCGCGCGUGCGCGCACACACACACACACACACACACACACACACACACACCCAGAAAAGAAUAACUGCCUAGUUAAAUUGUUGAAAUAGAGCCAGGUAUUUUAACAUGUCCAUUUUUUUUUUCAAAUGCAGAAAAUGGUCCGUCCCCCUCCAAAGAUACAACAAAUCUGAUAUUUCAGAUAAUCCUCCAGCACAAAAAUUUGUAAAGCUUGGCUUGCAGGCUGUCUUCUUGAAACUAAACAAAACCAAUUAGAUUUUCCCAGCACGUUUUAUUUCACACCGUUGGGUGGUACUAUUGUCAAUAGCAAUUUCUUCCUGCUCUGGAUAGUGCAUCACCCACCAGGUGACAAAGAGUGAGAAACCCGAGAGCUACGCCAAUUUAUUUCAACACUAUCCUGUUGUGGUAACAGGUUCCCAUCCUGGGAACCAUCAUUUUUUUACUAGAGAGAGGUUGGGGGAGGGGUCAGCAAGGGCCCAGAACGUUAUAUAAAAUAGGUCAAUAAAAGGGACAAGCAUGGCCAAAAAGAACGAAGUGGAGACUAUAUGAAUACUAUUCAGUUUGAAAGACAGUUCUCAUUUUUAUAAGAAAAAAAAAUGUAAUAAACAUAUAUUUUAGUUAUCAUUUAACAAAGAAAUAUUAAAGCUAUUCAGGAGAUGCCACGAAACUCUCAUAAAAGGAAAUCUUCUCACCCUUAUAAUGAGAAAAUGGUCAUUUCAACGAGUCUCAAUACAUUGUAUAAAUUUGGAGCUUAAGAUGAGUAUGUUUUCCCUUAGCUGUUAUGUGUUUAGUGAAUAUCGAAGUCAAUAUACGGUUUCACAUCAAUACAAGUAUUGUCAGAAACAACUCUGAAAUCACCAGGUACUUUACAUUGGUGUUUUCUAGAAGUCUUUGUAUUUUAUGGUUCAUUUGUACAAUGUGUAGUGCUGAUAAAUGUAUGCCAAGUUGUUUGUUGAAAUGAAGCAAUUCAUCAUACCUACAGAAGCCAAGGAUAGGUUAUACAUCUUAGUGGUCUUACAUACAAAUGGCUAGUUGACUUCAGUGAUGUUUACCUUGUUGAAAUGUAAGCAUUUCCCUAAAAUUGCAAUCAAAGGGACACCCUUGAAGACGUAGCAUGUCACUGACGGGUCUCUGAAGUUUCCCUGAAGCAAGAUGGAAAAGGAAGAACAAAUCUACAAUUUGUCCUGACCUUCUUUAUUCCUAAUAAUCACAUACAGAGCCAUGGACAUGGCUGAUGUCAUCCAUUUAAAAAAAAAAAAAAAAA